ACUUGAAGCAGCCACAGUGAGGCGCAAACAAGGAAGGCAGAAACGGCAGUGACUAGAGCGACGUCGGGAGCCAGCGGCCCUUUGGCUGAGCAUAUCUGGAUUGUUGAGCGAAAGGAGCGGCGAUAACUAAAAAUGACCAGAGGAAAUCAGCGGGAGCUUGCACGCCUGAAGAAUGCUAAGAAGAAUACUGAUAAAGGCAAGAGGGGUGAUGAUGGGCUGUCUGCUGCAGCACGGAAGCAGAGGGAUGCUGAGAUAAUGCAACAGAAGCAGAAAAAGGCGAAUGGAGAUGGAGAUGGGAAGGAACAAGGAGGAAGCACAAAGUCCAAGUAAAGAACAACGUUGAAGAUUUAAUCAACUCAAUGUUUCAAGAACAUCCCGUGUUCGACAUUCUUCCUGAUAAUUAUGAGAUUGGAUCUGUCAUUUUUGUCUAGACUCAAGAAUCUAGGAUCCUACUUUCUUCCCUAUGCCAAAUGACAUUGCUUGUUGGAUUUGUUAUUUUACUUGGUGAAAUUAUGUCUCAGCAAGUUAGUGGUUGUCCCAUGUUGGUGCUGCAUGCAGAGGACCAUCAGUGGUAUAAGCAGCAGAAGCGAGAUGAACUAUUCUUGACACAAAGCAUCAACAUACCACUUGUGCAUUUUUGUAUAAAAAUGUCCCCUGUUGGUUUCCAAUAAAGUGUAUCUUUUUA